GGCGGGAGGAGGCGCAGGCGCGCUGCUCGCCCGUCUGCAGCCCCGCGCCGAGCGCCUGGUCUCGGGGAGUUGAUGGCAGCACCACGGUGCGGCCGCCCGGCCGAGCGCACGGCGCAGCCACCCGCCGCCGUCCGCCGAGCAGCCGACAUGUGGGGGGACCGGGGUGGGAGCGGCCGGAGCAGCACCAGGGACCCGGGCGCGCAGCAGCCUCCGCUCGCUCGCCUGUCCUGACCUGGCUCGCUCGCCCCCCCGAAGAAUGUCAGCCAAGUCCAAGGGGAACCCCUCCUCGUCCUCUGCAGCCGAGGGACCGCCGGCAGCCUCCAAAACCAAGGUGAAGGAGCAGAUCAAGAUCAUAGUGGAGGAUCUGGAGUUAGUCCUGGGCGACCUGAAGGACGUGGCCAAAGAACUUAAGGAGGUGGUUGACCAGAUUGAUACCCUGACCUCUGACCUGCAGCUGGAGGAUGAGAUGACUGACAGCUCCAAAACGGACACUCUGAACAGCAGCUCCAGCAGCACAACGGCUUCCAGCAUAGAGAAGAUCAAAGAACAGGCCAAUGCCCCGCUCAUUAAACCUCCGGCACAGCCAUCCGCUAUCCUCACAGUCCUGAGAAAGCCAAACCCUCCACCGCCUCCGCCAAGGUUGACGCCUGUGAGGUGUGAAGAGCCUCAAAGGGUGGUGCCUACCGCCAACCCUGUAAAGACUAACGGCACCCUGCUCCGGAAUGGAGGCUUAGCGGGCAGGCCGAGCAAAAUUCCAAAUGGAGACAUCUGCUGCAUACCCAGCAGUAACCUGGACAAGGCUCCAUUGCCGUCUCUGAUGCACAGACCUGAAAAGGACAGGAGUCCGCAGGCAGGGCCUCGGGAAAGAGUGCGGUUCAGUGAAAAAGUCCAAUACCAUGGCUACUGUCCUGACUGUGAGACUCGGCAUAACAUGAAGAACAGGGAGGUCCAGUUACACAGCGAUCCAGUUCAUCCGCCUGGAAAGACCCCUCACCAAGGCCCUCCACUUCCUCCUCCUCCUCAUCUCCCCUCUUUCCCGUUAGAAAAUGGGGGACUGGGCAUAAGCCACAGUACCAGCUUCCCCCCUCCCACACCUGCACCUGUGCCUCCCCCCACUGCACCGAAACCACAGAAGACCAUCCUGAGGAAAUCCACCACCACCACAGUGUGACGUCUGCCAUUCAAGAAAGCUUCUGUUUGUUUUUAGUUUUCUGUACGAUAAACACAAAAUCAUACGUAACGAGCACUUUCUACUCAAGCAAUAAAAAGCCCAAAUAUAUUAAUCUGCAUUCAACAAAAUGGCAUAAAAACCGCCUGGUAAGUAUGCAGAGCGAUGCGUCUGUCCUGGAUGUACAUUCUUUUCCAUGUUCCAUCAUCAGAAACUUCAGAAUAACGAGAAAGUCUGAAUGCAUUUUAUUUUUAUUUUUAUUUUUUUUGCGAUUGACCUGUGAAAAACUGUGACCUUCAGAUUCCAAGUAUUUUGAUUUACUAUGCGAGAGGAUCUCAAAUAUUUUGGUUGGUUGAUAAAGUCAGGGCAAUUCAUUUCAUUCAUGCCUAACUCAUCUAUGCAUUGAUGAUGUCAUAAUCCUCCCUUUGAUCUAAUGCUUUUUAAUAAGAAUUUUAAUACUGAAGGACUAUUUUAUUAUUUUUCUAAAGAUGUUUGUCAAUAAUUUUGCAUCAUGAAAUGCUGAGAACAAUACCAAAAAGUUUAUUUUCUAUACUAUACAAUUAUGAAUCAUGUGUUCAAAUAUAUAUGUAAUGAAAUAUUUUGAGAUUUGGAAAUAUGUCAAUAAAUAAUAGUAAAUAAUGAGAAAGCCUAAUGUUCCUGAGAAUUAAAAUGAAGUAGAGGUUACUUUAACCCCAUGUUAAUAUUCAAUGAAAUGGGAAGCAAGUCUCAAGAGUUUGAAGAAGAUGACACUGAUUGGAUAUCACAAUUUCUAAAUUAAAUAUCAUAAUCUAUGUGGUAAGUAUAUCCUUCCAAUAUUUUUAUAUUGUAUGCCUCCAUUAUGGUACUUCUAGAACCAUUGCUAAGCCUUCUCACAGGACACAUUGUAGAUAAGGCCAUUGAAAGGUUGAAAUUUUUGCCUUCUGUCUACCCGAGCAAGCUCAGUUUCCAUGGAAGAACACACAUUCAUAGCAGGGAAGGUGGAGAUGUUCCUGGCCACAGGGUUGUUCAGCAAAUGGCCUUUCUCUUUGUAUGCUCUGAGUUCAAAGAUGUCAGGGAAUUGUUUUGCUUCUUUUUUUUAUGUUUCAUAUAAGAACAUUUUCUUUCUGCCCAUUAAAUCCAAGUCUUGAGUGAUAUUUGCAAUCUAAGAAACUUACUGAGUCAGGAGUCAACAGUUAUCAGUUGUACGGAUUUGGACUGAUGUCAUUUUUGCCUUGGAGCUAAAAGUUAUUUAUCUCACCUAAAAUGAUUGUGAGGUAAAGUGCCUGGAGGGAUGUCUUUUAAGAUGUAACAGUGGAGGGCAGUGUGUUGGUGAGAAUUAGUUUAUUAUGUGAUUGAUCUGAAAAGUAUAGUGACCUUUUCAAAUAUUAUCCUUCUGAUUUUAAAACUUUAACUUUUGCUGCUACAGGGGGUGGUCUUAUGAUUUAGAACACCCUUUUAAACAGCUUUCUAUUGAAAUAUGACAAUGUAUUUUGGGACGACUAUACCAAGAAUAUAACAUUUAUUACUUAAAUGAAUGUUUGAGUGAACAAAAUAAGUGAAGAAUAGAGAAUGUUCUGUUAAAAAUUUAUUCAAUGUGCUAUUUUAUCUUUUUGUGUUGUACAUGAGGAUAAUGUAAUUUACUAAUCCAAUAUUUUGGAAAGAUAUAAGACAAUAAUGAAGAAAGACAAUGAUUUGGUACUUAUUAAUGGAAUGAUCAGUGUAUUUAAGAGCUACCAAGCAGGAAAAUAAAUGACUGAACUGUUGAAUACCAAAAUAAUGUGUUCUUAACUUUUUACUCUAUGCAUUGUCUUGAAAUAAAAAUUACUGCAGUAAUAAAAA